GACGAAAGGCAGCUUCUCAAUGCACAGCUUCAUAAACCUGUGCAGAAUUUCAUUUUAGUCUCAGGUUCAUGAAAAGCUCAACAGCACAGGAGGACAAGAUGAACAGUUUGCUCUGGCUUUGUCUUCUCUGCCUCGUCGCAUGUCAUCUCACUGAGGCCAGAGUCAUCCCAGAAGGAGUACCUUACGAUGAACCACCAGCUGUCCCCUACUGGCCCUACUCCACCUCUGACUUCUGGAACUACGUCGAAUACUUCAGAUCAAUCGGCGCCUACAACCAUAUCCAUGAGAUGGCCCGGGUCUUCUUCGCCCACCAGCCCCUGGGAGACACUUUGGGAUAUGAGACCAAUGCAGGACAUGAACACUGA